CCUGAAGACACUUGGGUAAACUGAAUAAAGCCACACCACCAACUCCCUAUAGAAAUAUAGUACUAGUUGGGAGGUGCCGAGACAGCCCAUUUAUAGAACUGGUCCUCUGGAAGUCGGGAAGCCUUUAAAGAGCAGGAGUGAUAAGAGAUUUGAGUCACUUGGAACGCCCUGGGUUACAAGCUUGGAUGCCUUGACACAUAACAAAAGGAGGCAUGGAGACAGUGGAAGUGUUCAGCACCGAAAACAAAGGCAGGGGGCUGAAGGCCGCGAAGGAAUUUUGGGCCGGAGAUGUCAUUUUUGCAGAACGAGCCUACGCUGCUGUAGUAUUUGACAGCCUCACUCACCUCGUCUGCCACACUUGCUUUAAACGGCAUGCGAAACUCCACCGCUGUGGUCAGUGCAAGUUUGCCCACUACUGUGAUCGGACCUGCCAGAAGGAUGCCUGGGUGAACCACAAGAGCGAGUGCUCUGCCAUCAAGAAGCAUGGGAAAGCACCCAACGAGAAUAUCCGGUUGGCUGCCCGAAUCAUGUGGAGAAUAGAGAAAGAAGGAGGAGGCCUGACAGAGGGCUGUUUAGUCUCCAUUGACAACCUGCAGAACCACGUGGAACAUUUUGGAGAGGAGGAGAAGAAGGAGCUGAGAAUUGAUGUGGAGAGUUUCCUGGAGUUCUGGCCACCUGAGAGCAAGCAGUUUGGCAUGCAGUAUAUCUCUCACAUAUUGGGUGUGAUAAACUGCAAUGGUUUCACCCUGAGUGACCAGCGGGGCCUGCAAGCCGUUGGCGUGGGCAUUUUCCCCAACCUUUGCCUGGCAAAUCAUGACUGUUGGCCCAACUGUACCGUCAUCUUUAACAACGGCAAUCAUGAGGCUGUAAGAUCAUUGUUCCACACCCAGAUGAGGAUAGAGCUGCGUGCAUUGGGUAAGAUCUCUGUAGGGGAAGAGCUGACGGUUUCCUAUGUAGACUUCCUCAACGUCAGUGAAGAUAGGAAGCAGCUGUUGAAAAAGCAGUAUUAUUUUGACUGUACCUGCGAGCACUGUCAAAAAGGAAUCAAGGAUGAUCUGAUGUUGGCUGUGAAAGAAGGGAAUGAGAAGCCAUCUCAGGAAGCGGUGAAGGACACCAUCCAGUUCUCCAAGGACACCAUGGAAAAAAUUGAGACAGCCCGUUCAGAAGGGAUAUACCAUGAGGUUGUAAAGCUGUGCCGAGGGUGUUUGGAGAAGCAGGAACCAGUGCUGGGGGAGACAAACCUUCACCUGCUCCGGAUCCUCAGCAUCUUGUCAGAAGUUCUUUCUUACCUCCAGCUCUUUGAUGAGGCAGCUAGUUACUCGAAACAGAUGGUGGAUGGUUACGUGAAACUUUACCAUCCAAACAAUGCCCAGCUUGGGAUGGCCCUCAUGAGAGCAGGAGUGACACACUGGCACGCUGGCCUCAUUGAAGUGGGGCAUGGCAUGAUUUGCAAAGCAUAUGCUAUUCUUCUGGUGACGCAUGGCUCCACCCACCCCAUUACCAAGGAUUUGGAGGCGAUGCGUAUUCAAUCUGAGAUGGAGUUGCGGAUGUUCCAGCAGAACGAAUUUAUGUAUUACAAGAUGAGAGAGGCAGCUCUGCAGAAUCAGCAGAUCCAGGUUAUGCCUGAGCCCACCAAUGAGAUUUCACCUGGCAUCUUCCAGAAGAAGCAAUAACAGGUUCCUUUGUAGCCUGGAGAUGUGUCGUCAUAGCCCUGCGCCUGGUGCCCCAUCCGCCCUUUCACUUCUGAACAGAAGCAAGGGUCAGGCCAAGGAAAGUAGGGUUUCAUUCCCAGGGUUUGGUUCUCCUCAGGACAGCUCCAGACAGAUAUCAUUUUUC